CUACAGGCGAGACAAGUCUCUGCUUUUUCUCUGAAAAACUAUUCAAACUGACUUCAUCAGGUUUUUCUCAACAACACAGCAGAGUCUCUUCAAAACACUGUUUCUGUGUAGAUAUGGCUGCUGCAAACUAUCUGCCAGGUGAAGAUCAGUUUCUGUGCUCCAUCUGUCUGGAUGUGUUCACUGAUCCAGUCACCAUACCAUGUGGACACAACUUCUGCAAACACUGCAUCAAUGAACACUGGAAUACUAGUGACCAGUAUCUGUGUCCAAUGUGUAAAAAGGUUUUCAUCUCAAGACCCGAACUGCACGUCAACACUUUCAUCUCUGAGAUGGUUGUUCAGUUCAGACAGUCAGCUCAACAGAAAACCAGCAGCAGCAGCUCAGAGCAACAAGAGUCCAAACCAGGAGAAGUUCCCUGUGACGUCUGCACUGGAACCAAACUGAAUUCCCUGAAGUCCUGCCUGGUGUGUCUGGCCUCCUACUGUGAGACUCACCUGGAGCCUCAUCUGACAAUGAUAGGCCUGAAGAGACAUCAGCUGAUCGACCCUGUGGAGAACCUUGAAGCCAGGAUGUGUACGAAGCACGAUAAACCUCUGGAGCUGUUCUGUAAGACCGACCAGACAUGUGUCUGCAUGCUCUGCAGUGUUUUAGAUCAUAAGACGCACGAGUUUGUUCCUCUGAAAGAAGAAUAUGAAGGAAAGAAGGUCGAACUGGAGAAAACAGAGGCUGAAAUUCAGCAGAUGAUCCAGAAGAGACGACUGAAGAUUCUGGAGAUCAAACACUCAGUGGACCUCAGUGAGGAAGAUGCAGAAAGAAAGAUAGCAGAAGGUGUUCAGGUCUUCACUGCUCUGAAGGAGUCUGUUGAGAGAAGCCAGGCCAAUCUCAUCGACACGAUCAAAGCGAAGCACAAAACAAAAGAAAACCAGGCCGAAGCUUUCAUCAGAGAGCUGGAACAGGAAAUCUCUGAGCUGAUGAAGAAAAGCAAUGAGGUGAAGCAGCUCGCCCACACUGAAGACCACCUCCACCUUCUCCAGAGUGUACAGACCUUAGACAUCCACCACCCACCACCCAGCAAGGACUGGACAAAGGUCAGCAUCCGUUCAUCAUAUGAGCCGACUGUGGUGAACGCUGUGUCUCAGCUGGAGGAGACACUCAGUAAAAAGAUAAAGACGCUGGUUGAAGCUGAGCUGAAGAGGGUCCAGAAGUAUGAAGUGGAUGUGACUUUUGAUCCUGAUACAGCUCAUCUUAAACUCAUCCUGUCUGAUGAUGGAAAACAAGUACGUUGUGGUAAAGUACAGCAACAUCUCCCAGAUAAUCCACAGAGAUUUUCUACUAAUCCCUGUGUUUUAGGAAAACAGAAUAUCUCUUCAGAAAAAUUGUACUACGAGGUUCAAGUUAAAAGAAAGUCUGAUUGGUAUUUAGGAGUGGCCAGAGAGUCAAAUAACAGGAAAGGACAAAUUAAUGCAAGCCCUCAGUAUGGUUACUGGAUUAUAUGUAUGAGAAAUGGAAAUGAGUACAAAGCUUUUGCUGGCCCUCCAGUCAGUCUCUCUCUGAAGUCUCGGCCUCAGAAGGUGGGGGUGUUUGUGGAUUAUGAGGAGGGUCUGGUCUCCUUUUAUGACGUAGAUGCUGCAGCUCUUAUCUACUCCUUUACUGACUGCUCCUUCACUGGGAAGCUCUACCCAUUCUUCGGUCCCUCUCUUAAUCAUGGUGGUAAAAACUCUGCACCUCUGAUCAUCACUCCUGUCGUAGUAAACUAAUCACUUAUCCCACUUCAUUCAAGGGAACAUAUUCAGCCUCAACACCGUAUAGUCUACAUCUUAUCUUCUACAGAACCUGGUAGCUGUAAGGAUGCACAGAUACAGAUACUGAUACCAGUUUGGAUACUGUGCUCAUGUACUCAGAAUCAUUGUUUCUAAUGACACCAAAUAUGUCAACAGGCAGUUUGUGUAUAUUUCCCAAAAAAUUUAAAUAAAUACAUCAAAAUAUCUUAUUCUUAUAUUAUAUAUUAUAUUCUGUCUGAUGUGCAGCCGCAGAAAACAUAUUGCUGAUUAUUUCAUUGUGUCAUAAAGAUUAAUUUAAGAGUAAGGAUUAUUACAUGUGUUUAGUUUCGACAGAAUACAGUAUGUCUCAUUAUAAUACUGGACAUAAAAAGUUAAUCGACAAAGUUAAGAAGAAUAGAUGCCAAUGGAAUGUUUUAAUUGGUUUGAAAAGUGGUUUGAUUGAUUACUGGUCACUUUGGCCAUUUGUUGUUUGUUAUUUUUGGAUAAUGGUUGAGUGGCUUAUGAGUCAAAUAAAUCUGUAAAUAUAUGAUUGUUGAACACGAGGGCUGAAUAAGAAGUGACUUGUGCAUUAACCUAUGACCUUGUAUUUCAUUACAAAUGCAUUGUGAUUCCUGUGACUGCUCCUUCACAAUAAAAGCUUCUU